GCCGGAAAUGAGAGAGGCGCCAAACUCAAAAUGUUUUUCUCGUGAGAAUAGAGAGGGUAAACAAACGACUCGUUCGCCCGUGUAAUUGUAGGACAUUGUCAUUUCUGCACAGUUUAGACUCACAUUUGAAGAUGGACUCGACGACACAGUUCUUUGCCAAGCUGAGAAAGCUGGCGGUGACUCUAGAAUCAGAAACUGCCAAGCUCCAGCACGAAUAUGAGAACCGUGGCAAUGACGGUGACAGCGAAACCACGAUGAGAGCGAUGCGAGCAUACCACGAACUCAACUCUGAAGUCCUGACCCUAAAGGAGCAGAUCCAGGAUAACUUGGUUCGGCAGAAAGCACAGAUGGAUGAAGUGAGCAGUUUCAUUAAGGCCUGCAAAGAGAUGAAGCGGUGGGUCACUGAGGACAUUCAGACUCUGAAGGCACACUGGGAAAAAUAUGGCUACGAAGUUCCCAGAGAGACCCAGGGACCAACCAAGGCCAAAGGGCAGGAGUCAGAAGCUGGAAAUGAAGUAGCAGAUGAUAAUGAAAUUAAGUCAGCAGAAGAAGAAAAGGGGAGCCAGGAGGAGGCUGAUCAUGUCCUAGUGCCUCGGGGAGCAGGACCACCACCCUUUACUGAUGUGCUGCGAACCCCGCAGCUCUCUGACUUCGGUCUAUCUCCAUCGUAUGUGAAGAGAGCUCUGGCUGGGGUGGAUUGGUGCUCUGAAGUUCCCCCUAUGCCUGAAAUGAGCCUCCCUCACCCUUCACUCAACUCACCUGAGCUGCCACCUAUGCCCAUCACUCCCAAACGAGCCCUGCAGAUGAAUGACGAUGACCUGAAGACACCCCAGAUGCAGGACUUUGGCAUCUCAGAGCACACCAUGUGUCUGAACAACGACUUCACUAUGGAUCUGCUACAGAAGAACAUUCCAAAGCCCCAGAGACCACCACAGGAUGAAGCUGUACCAGCAGUGAACUCUCUGAGCGAGAGUUUGCAGUCAAAAGUAGACAACAUGGAGUCCCCAGAGCCACCUGUGUUGUGCACCCCAGGGUUCAAGAUCAGAAAGACAAAGGGUCAGUGCUCUUCACCUGCACGAGGCAGCAGUGACCCAGGAUCCCCUAGUUGCCCUGUGUCCACCACCCCUGAAAUUCCAGUAUUUCAAACCCCUUAUCUGAACCGACUGGUCAGCGACAAAAAGAGUGCACGGCAGCAUGAGCCUGAUGAUUACAGUCGCAUCUCUGAACUCCCAACACUGCCAAGUAAUGGAGUAAAUGGCUCCAAAUGCACUUGGGACGACAAUGUACCGGAAAUAUCCCUUGUGGAUGAGGGGGAACAGGAGAUGCCACAGAUGCCAAAACUGGAGUCUGUUUUGGGACGUUCUUUACAAAGUAGAAGUGUGAAAAUCUCAAAGAAGACUAGUGAGCAUGAAAACAUCACCAAGGAGCCUGAUGUUAACCAUCUGGAGCUGGAUGGACCCACCCAGGAAUUCACCCUGGGGACUCCUCGUGUUAGGAUGGAGUACCAAGACCCUAGCACCCCGGAGCUGCCCGACCUCAGCUCUCUGACACAGGAUAUCUGUAAACUUGUGUCUCAGGUUCAGUUAAAGAAGACCAUGGUGGUCGGGCCAUGUGUGAGGCCAGACAAAGAUAAAAACAGAGCUGUGAGUCUGUCUGUGGUGUCAGCGACUGAGUUCCAGAGUUUACCCGGGUACCUGAGGCAGAUGACUCUGCACAGCCUCAAUCAGGCAGUCCACAGCAUCAACACAUCCACAGCAAAUUGUGAAGAGCAAAAGACAGAGUUUCGCAUGGAGGAGCUGAAGAAGAUUACCAGUCUGGGAGCCAAGACACCUGUGUACAUCCUCUGUCUAACGGAGCUCCAGAGGCUGAAGCAUGUAGGAGGAACUGGGAACACCUCUUUGUACAAACUGGUCACACACAACUAAACGCAUCUUGGAUAAAUUACAUGUUGUCCAACUGGAAGUUAAAUUCUAAUCUAAUCUAGAUUCAAAGAUCUCCUCACAUCCAUCAUUAAGUUACAGAGGUGCUGUAAGAGCAGUCCAAACUCUACCAGAGAAGGCUGGGUUAACUUUCUUUUUCUUUUUUGUCUAGAUUGUAAAAAUUUCUGAUAGAUAUAGUCACUAAUUUGCACUUUUAUGAAUGUGUUGUUGAUAGAAAACUUAUAAUAAAAUUAUAACACAUUUCUCCACAUAAUAUGGAAAUGAUCUCUCUAAAUAAUAUUGAUAGUGUACUGCAUUAGCUUGAAAAAAAGUUGAACUAAUAAAUAUAGACCUCUACAGUG